AGCCCUGCUGCCGCCGCUCCCCGCGGGCUGCGUCUCCCUGGGGACUCCCGCCUCCUCGCUGCGGGGUUAGAGCUGUUUCCCGGUGCCACUUUUAGGGGCUGACUUUCGCAACUUAGGGCUGAGAAUUUAUUUUUAAGUCCUUGAAAACUUGCAGCGGAGAGAUUUUGUGUCCGGCCUGACCGAAAGGGAGGCGGAGAUGAGGCUGUUGAAUGAGAUCCCCAUUCAGGCACCCGCCCGGCCGCAGCCCCAGGCCGAGACCGUCCCCUCCCCGAUGCCGGCGACACCUGGCUCUGGGGUGUGUCUGCAGCGCGCGGCCGCCGCGCCUCCCUGCGCGUCUGGAGUACCUGUGCCGGGCAGCGUGGGAGAGGGGCGCAGCUCGCGCGCUUCCCCCGCCCCGGCUCUGUCAAGAACAGCUGUUGACGCUCCCAUCAAAAUCUUUUUACCCCCUUUCUCCCGGGCAUUCACGUUUACAUUUAUUUUGGUGUGGUGGGAGACCGUCGCAGUCGCUGAUUUGAAGGCUUUUUCGUGAAUGGCCUCAUUUUCAUAUUAUGCCCACAGUUUUCAGUCCAGCAUUCCAUUGUCAAAUUCUUUUGGUGAUAAUUUUGCCAGAUUUUCUGAAUGGGAUUAGGACAGGCUGUUCAGAAAUCUGUUUCAGAGUUUGUCAAAUACUACCCUGAAGGGUGCUUUUGUGUUUUAGCUGCUUUCAAGCAGAUCUGUAGUUGUGUCCUUUAGAAUUGUCACAACCUUCUGCUCAUUUUGGUUGGGCACGAUUAAACAGUUCUAUUUUUUGAGGCCAGUGAAGAAACAUGUGCAUUUAAUAUUGGGAUCAUUUACCACAAGUGAUCACAUGAGGCAUGGUUUCUUAAACACUAAAGUGCCUUAAAAAUUGAGAAUUUUGUUGGAUUUAAAAGUAAUUUCAGGUGAGGAAACUUUCACUUGCUUCUGUUCAGCUUUCAUAUGAGUUGAGGAUUUUAUUAAGGCAGCUAACAUCACUUUGAGAGCUGAAAAAAAUUAUGUUUUUUUUUACAGUUCAUAAAGCCUAUUUAUUACAGGAAUCCUAUAUAGUACUGGAUACCUGUUUCUGCACAAUGAGCUCCUAGGUAUCACUAGGGAUUAAUUUCGAAUUGUUUUAAAAGCCUAUUUUGUUUUUAAUUGUUGACUUUGGAGUUCAGGAACCACAUUCCAAAGCAAAGCCACACUAUUCAGAGGAAGCACUCUUGUGUACUUUUUGGUUCUUGGCUCCUCUGUGAACCUUUUCCCCAGUUAACAAUACGAAUUUUACAUCUUUUCUCUCCUCCAACCUUGACUCCAGAGCAGAGUCUGAAAUGGAUGUUACAUGAAUCACUGUAAGAGCUGAAUACAACUAUGAACAUUUCUGAAGCUUUUCCUCAGUAAACUAGAUAAAGAUGGAUGAGUCUGCCUUGUUGGAUCUUCUGGAGUGUCCUGUGUGUCUGGAGCGGCUCGAUGCUUCUGCAAAGGUCUUGCCUUGCCAGCAUACGUUUUGCAAACGAUGUUUGCUGGGGAUCGUAGGUUCCAGAAAUGAACUCAGAUGUCCCGAGUGCAGGACUCUCGUUGGCUCGGGUGUUGAGGAGCUUCCAAGUAACAUCCUGCUGGUCAGACUUCUGGACGGCAUCAAGCAGAGGCCUUGGAAACCUGGCCCUAGUGGAGGCAGUGGGACGAACUGCACAAAUGCAUUGAGGGCUCAGAGCAGCACUGUGGCUAACUGUAGCUCAAAAGAUCUACAGAGCUCCCAGGGUGGACAGCAGCCACGGGUGCAAGCCUGGAGCCCCCCAGUGAGGGGUAUACCUCAGUUACCAUGUGCCAAAGCAUUAAAAAGCCUGGAACUUAAAUUCAGCAAAGGUGACAUCAUCAUUUUGCGGCGACAAGUGGAUGAAAAUUGGUACCACGGAGAAGUCAAUGGGAUCCAUGGCUUUUUCCCCACCAACUUUGUGCAGAUUAUCAAACCGUUACCUCAGCCCCCACCUCAGUGCAAAGCACUUUAUGACUUUGAGGUGAAAGACAAGGAAGCAGACAAAGAUUGCCUUCCAUUUGCAAAGGAUGAUGUUCUGACUGUGAUCCGCAGAGUGGAUGAGAACUGGGCUGAAGGUAUGCUGGCAGACAAAAUAGGAAUAUUUCCAAUUUCAUAUGUUGAGUUUAACUCAGCUGCCAAGCAGCUGAUAGAGUGGGAUAAGCCUCCUGUGCCAGGAGUUGAUGCUGGAGAAGGUACUUCGGCAGCAGCUCAGAGCAGCAUUGCCCCAAAGCACUCCGACACCAAGAAGAACACCAAAAAGCGGCACUCCUUCACUUCCCUCACCAUGGCCAGCAAGUCUUCCCAGGCGUCCCAGAACCGCCAUUCCAUGGAGAUCAGCCCCCCUGUCCUCAUCAGCUCCAGCAACCCCACUGCUGCCGCGCGCAUCAGCGAGCUGUCUGGGCUCUCCUGCAGUGCCCCGUCUCAGGUUCAUAUAAGCACCACCGGAUUAAUUGUGACCCCACCCCCGAGCAGCCCAGUGACAACAGGCCCUUCAUUCACGUUCCCAUCAGAUGUUCCCUACCCAGCUGCCCUUGGGACUAUGAAUCCUCCUCUUCCCCCGCCCCCUCUCCUGGCCCCCACGCUGCCAGGCGCUGCUGCUGCUGCUGCUGCUGCUAGAAUGGGACCCAGGCCCACAGCGGGACCCACUGACCAGAUUGCACAUUUACGGCCUCAGACUCGCCCCAGUGUGUAUGUUGCUAUAUAUCCAUAUACUCCUCGGAAAGAGGAUGAGCUGGAACUGAGAAAAGGGGAGAUGUUUUUAGUGUUUGAACGUUGCCAGGAUGGCUGGUUCAAAGGGACAUCGAUGCAUACCAGCAAGAUAGGGGUUUUCCCUGGCAAUUAUGUGGCACCAGUCACAAGAGCGGUGACAGGUGCUUCCCAAGCUAAAGUCCCUGUGUCUACAGCCGGUCAGACAAGUCGGGGGGUGACCAUAGUCAGUCCUUCCACUGCGGGAGGAUCUGCCCAGAAGUUCCAAGGAAAUGGUAUGGCCGAGAGUCCCAGUGUUGUACCCACAGCCGUGGUGUCAGCAGCUCACAUCCAAACAAGUCCUCAGGCUAAAGUCUUGUUGCAGAUGACAGUCAGCCAGGCCCGAAAUGCCGCAAGGACAGUUGCAGCACACAACCAAGAACGGCCUACAGCAGCAGUGACGCCCAUCCAGGUGCAGAGCGCCGCUGGCCCAGGUCCGGCAGCCGUGGGCCUGCCGCAUCAUCCCCUGGCCUCCCCACAGCCCCCACCUCCAAUGGCAGGCCCUGCUACCCAUGUCACUGCCGUCAGUAUGGGUCGGGCCAGUGCACCCCUGGCCUGCGCUGCAGCUGCUUCACUGGCAUCCCCAAGCAUCCCCCACACUGCUCUGGAGACCGAGCCCAGUGGCCAGGCAAUGACCAUUCUCUCUGGACUUUCCACCUCUCCUGAGAGCGCUUCCUCCGCUUGUGGGAACAGUUCGGAAGCUAAGCCAGACAAGGAUAGUAAAAAAGAAAAAAAGGGGUUGUUGAAGUUUAUUUCUGGCGCCUCCACCAAACGUAAGCCCAGAGUAUCCCCUCCAGCUUCUCCCACCCUGGAAGUGGAGCUGGGUAGCGGGGAGAUGCCGCUGCAAGGAGCAGUGGGUCCUGAGCUGCCGCUAGGGGGCGCCCACAGCAGGGCUGGCUCCUGCCCCGCCGAAGGGGAUGGUCCCGCCACGUCACUGGCCAAGUCUCUGAUCCUGGAUGCAAUUCGUCGCAAGACUAGCUCCCUGGACUCUGCUGUUCCCAUAGCACCACCUCCUCGUCAGCCCUGCUCCUCCCUGGGCCCCGUCAUGAAUGAGUCUAGGCCUGUUGUUUGUGAAAGGCACAGGGUGGUGGUUUCCUAUCCUCCUCAGAGUGAGGCCGAACUUGAACUUAAGGAAGGAGAUAUUGUGUUUGUUCAUAAAAAACGAGAGGAUGGCUGGUUCAAAGGCACAUUACAACGUAAUGGGAAAACUGGCCUUUUCCCAGGAAGCUUUGUGGAGAACAUCUGAGGAGACUAACGUUGAGAAGGCUUAAAAUCAUAUCACACAGCAAAAUAGCACAACACAAUGUAAUGGAAAGAGCACAUUUGUGGACUUCCAGAUGGUCAGGAGAUGAGCAAAAGAUUGGCAUGUGACCCCAGUGCCCCCCAGCACAUUUAGACCAGCAAACAGCGUGACAAAGGCGUUUGUGUGGGUUUUGUCACUCUGGAUUCUGAUGUAUAAGGUGUGCCUUGUACUGUCUGAUUUACUAUACAGAAAAGCCUUUUUUUUUUUUUUUUUAAAGAUAUAUAGCUACAAUGGACAAUUGUUUACAAGGCUUAACUAAUUUAUUUGCUUUUUUAAACUUGAAUUUUUCUUGUAAUAGAUAAAUUCCUUGGAUUAUGAUUUUAAGAAAUUAUUAAUUUAUGAAAUGAUAGCUAAGGAGAAGCUGGAUUAUCUCCUCUUGAGAGCAAGAGAUUCUUUUUGACAUAGAAUGAACCUCCUCUUCUCCCCAUGCCGGUGUUAUUUUUUGUUUUUUUAAGACAAAUGCCAGUUCUCUGAUUUGAUUUUCCUCUUUGGGAAAUCAAAACACACGACUGAAUCAAUAUCAAUAAGGGCCUGGGGUAGGGAAACAGAAACUUGAGAAAAGAGAUUAAGGAUUGCCUGUCUUUCUGGUUUGGUCAGGAAUCAUUCUUAAGACCUAGUCCUCAAUUUAAUUUUGUGGGUUUUUAAUUUUCCUAGAAUGAAAUCAAUGAAGCGAUAAGGAAGAGUAAAGCACAACCCUUGAACAAAAAUAUAUUCAGAGAUAUAUUUAGUUUUAUAAGAGAAGCAGCUCAAUUCAUUGAUUGGAAAUUGGAAAAAUUGAAGUUGUACUCCUGUCUGAGAAUGGCUAUGAACUGUAAUUGCCCAUUUUACCCCAACUGCUCUGCAUGCCCAGGACACAGUAAAGCGUUUGUGAGAUAGUGGUGGUAAGUGAUGCACUCGUGCUAAAGUCAAAGGCUAUGUAAGAAACACUGUGAAAAGUUUACAUUCAUUCAUUGUGAGUCUUUUCCCACCAUCUUGCAUGUGUUACUGGAUUCCCACAGUAAUCUAGGCUCUGCAUGGUGUGUAUAUUUCAUUGCAAUUUCCUGUUGAGAUGAGUUUGCGCUCAGAAUUGACCAAUGCAGGAGCUGUAAGAUAAACAGUACUCUUUUUCUCUACUCCCAAAGCCACUACUGACCAAGGUCUCUGAGUGCACUCACUCCCUCCCUGGCCAAGGCAUCCGUCAGCCAUGACACAAGUCAUUAGUGAAAAUGCUCCGUUAUGUCCUCCCAGCUGAUGGAUAUGAAGGGAGAGCUGGGAGGCUGCUCCUGUGACUGUUCUCUGGCAGCUCUAGGAGGCUUGGCACAAGUGAGAGUGCCCACACCUUACAAUUGUGGCAAGACCCAGCUGAGCCCGUCUUUUUAUAUCCAUUCUUUGAUGUCAUUGGCCUCUUUUACCCAUUUCACUCCCGUGCCACGCAGUCGUGGGUCUGGGUAAUCCUGAAAACAAGAGGGAAGACAGCCUGGUAGUGAAUGAAAUCAUUGCCACAGUUUUCUCAUGGAUGAAUAAACAAAUACAAAAACGCUUUUCAUAUUUUGCUUUUAAGAAUUACAACUGGGAAAUAGAAACAUGAACUGAAAAGUCUUGUAAUAGCAGGAGGUUUCAUGGUCUUAAAAAGAUAUAUGUGAUUGAAAUGAAAUCAUUCCUAAAUUAACCAUUUUUUUAUAAGACACUGUACAUUAUGUUCCUGUGUGUUGAAUUUUUUUAAAAACACUUGGAUAUUCAUGUAAUAUAUAAAGUUUUGGUGAAAUGAACUUUAGUUAGGAAAAAAAGCUGACAUCAGCUUUCAUCUGUGUAAGUUGACACCAAUGUGUCAUAAUCUUUAUUUUGGGAAAUUAGUGUAUUUUAUAAAAAUUUUAAAAAGUAAAAAGACUACUACAGGUUAAGAUAAUUUUUUACCUGUCUUUUCUCCAUAUUUUAAGCUAUGUGAUUGAAGUACCUCUGUUAAUAGUUUCCUGGUAUGGUUGGUUAAAAUUUCACCUGUUAAUAGAUCACUUAGAUAAUAUAAUGUACGGGUUUUUCUAUUGUUUUUUUGGAGACAGUAGGUGGAGAUUUUGUAACGAGGGCUUGUUACACGGCAAUAGGGUAAUGAUAAAAUUGCAAUUUAUCAUUUCUCUUCAUGUUAAUAAUUUGAAGACUGGAGAAAAGGUUCAAGAUUAAAAUUUGAUGUUCAUCCUUUA